AUGAAGUGGCUCAUCCUGGCCCUGGUGUGUCUCCAGCUCUCGGAGGUUUCCCUCUGUAGAAUCAAACUGAAGAAAGCCAAGUCUAUCCGGGAGAAAAUGAGAGAGGCCGGAGUGCUACAAGACUACCUGAAGAAAACUCACUAUGAUCCAGCUAAGAAAUACCGCUUCAGUGGGGACUACGUUGUGAACGAGCCCAUGACUAGCCACCUGGAUUCCUCCUACUUCGGGGACAUCAGCAUGGGGACCCCCCCGCAAAACUUCACGGUGCUCUUCGACACGGGCUCCUCCAACCUGUCCACCUACGGCCAGACGGAGGCGUGCCAAAAUCACGCAACGUUCAACCCCAGUGAGUCCUCCACCUUCGUCUCCAACGGCCAGACCUACACCCUCUCCUACGGCAGUGGCUCGCUCACGGUGGUGCUGGGCUACGACACGCUGUCGAUCCAGACCAUCUCGGUCACGAACCAGGAGUUCGGGCUCAGUGAGAGCGAGCCAUCCGAGCCUUUCUACUACGCCGACUUUGAUGGGAUCAUGGGAAUGGCCUACCCCUCGCUGGCAGUGGGAGAGACGUCCACUGCGAUGCAGGGCAUGCUGCAGCAGAACCAGCUCACCGAGCCCAUCUUCAGCUUCUACUUCUCUCGCCAACCCACCUACAGCUAUGGGGGAGAGCUCGUUCUCGGAGGAGUUGACAAUCAGCUCUUCACUGGGAGCAUCAUGUGGGCACCGGUGACCCAGCAGCUUUACUGGCAGAUCGCAAUUGAUGAGUUUGCUGUGGGACAGUCUGUGACUGGCUGGUGCAGCCAGGGCUGCCAGGCCAUCGUGGACACCGGGACGUACAUGCUGACGAUGCCCCAGCAGUACAUGUACAGCUUCCUCGAGGCCGUGGGUGCCCAGGAGACCAGCUACGGUGUAAGUUAUGCAGUUGACUGCAACACGGUCCAGAGCUUGCCCACCAUCACCUUCAUCAUCAACGGCUACCAGCUCCCGCUCCCGCCCUCCGCCUACAUCUUGAACAGCAACAACUACUGCACUGUUGGGGUCGAGGCCACUUACCUGCCUUCCCAGAAUGGGCAGCCACUCUGGAUCUUGGGUGACGUUUUCCUCAAGGAGUAUUACAGUGUCUUUGACAUGGCUAACAACCGCGUCGGCUUCGCCACAUCGGCGUAG